UUCAAAUUUAUCUUUUGUACACUCAAAAUUAUAAUAUCUGCAUACCACAAGCACAUGUUUAAUAUACAUAGAUAUUUAAGUAAAGUUAUAUACCAGAAGAGUUAUUGAGUUUUACAGACCUAGUAUGCGCGCCAAAGCAAGCAGCAAAAAGUAAACGUGCCAACAAAAAAUUGACACUCGCGCGACCGCAAAACCUAAUAUAUAUCCAACGAUUAAAAUCCAUCGCUUGAUUCUGAUAAACUAAUACACGCUAGUAUGAAAAAAAGGAAACAUUUACCAUCAGGUCACAUUGCGGGGCAAUACUUAAACAAUAAUAUCUGAGAUCACAUUAUUGUACGGCGCAUUAUUGUACGAGAGAUCGACGAAGUCGGGACUGUUUUCAACAUGUCUAAGGAUUAUAAUAUUCCGUUGAACAUAAAUAAGUAUAAAUAUCAUAAAUCAACCGUCCCCGCGUGAGAAUAUGAUACAAGCAAUAAUAUAAAGAAAAAUGCGUCGCUAUUAGUUAAAUUUAAUUAAUACGAACGAAACGAGUUUGUUAAGUCUCCAAGCGGAAGCAAUGUUAACGUCAGAAUCGUACAAUAACACCAGGAAGACCGUGGAAGUGGAGGUGAUCAAGACAAUACAAAAACAAGGUUACAACCUGAACACCGUGAACAGUUACGGUGAGAAUCUGCUGCACGUGAGCGCAGCGAACGGCUGCUACGAGAUCACGAAGACGAUUCUAGACCGAGAGAAGAGCCGUCGCGCCGUGGACAGGAAGAAUAAAUUCGGUUGGACUCCGUUGAUGCAGGCGAUUCGCAACGGUGAUAUCGAUACCGUGAAGUUGCUUUUGGAGAAGAAGUCCAACGUCGACGAGUCAACGUACCUUGGUAUGUCGGUCCUCGGGCUUGCCGCCGCGAUCAGCAGGAGGAUGUUCGAAACGGUGUAUGACGCGUGUCCGACAGCGCUGGCGAACACAGCCAACGACGACAUCAGUCCAUUGUGCGUGGCCGCCAUGAAGAACGACAAAGAACUGUUCUUCAAGUUGUUGGAAUUGGGCGCGUCGCUUUCCGAUGCCAAUGAGUACACACACAUCAUGAUGAGGAACUCGACGGUGCCGGAAAUCGCGAGAUUGGCGCGGGAACAUUUGAUCACAGAGGACUAUUGGAAUGAUACGUCGGAUAACAUCCGAAUGAUGAGCGAACAGUACGGCGACGAGACCGCGGCGAUUCGUAAGAACGGCAAGGAGAAGUCGCCGAAAUCGCAUGUCUUGUUCGCGGAGACGCGGAGCUUAGCGUCGCCCGCGUUGACGUACAACUGCAGUGGCGUUUUCGCGCCGUCGCCGAUCGCGUGUUUCACAAAGAUCGACCUCGAAGAGCGAUCGAACGCGCCUUCGGAGGACGAGCGCGCAAAUCACGAGGCGGUCGCGACGGACGGCUUCAAGACGAACGCGCGUCGGCAGGAGUCACCUCCGGUUACACUUCGAAGAUUGCAAUCGGUACGACCGGCGGAUCUCGAGAUGGUGAAUCACUCGGACGACCUGGAUGUUACUCUCGGUUUCACUCCCGAAUUCAGCCCGCUGAGGAGCCCCUACGUGCCGCCAGACAUCAACGAUGAGAACGUGUUCGGCGAAAACACCCCGACACCGCCGCGCUGCAAAACACCGCCGAAGGGAACGCUCUUGAAUUCGCGACAGGCGAAGAUGACUGUCGUAUUGAGGCGCUCCGGUUUGGCCCGGCAUAUCCCCGUGUUUCUCGAACAGGAAGUGGACAUAGACCUAUUUCUAACGCUCACGAAUGAUGACUUAAUAGAGAUCGGUAUCGAGCACGAGGAGGACAGAUGUGCACUGCUGGAGACGAUAAAGGAAUGCAAAAGAAACAUGAGUGAAAAUUGUAUUUAACGUUUGUACGAUUACUGAUUAACGCGAUGAUUUUCUUUCACUCUCGCGCUCUCGUAGAUCAAUAAUUUAUAACUGCUAAUUUUACAAUAUUUAAUAUUCUUAACACUG